GAGGUUAGAUACAUCAUGACGUAAUCCAAUCUCCCCGCCACCGGUUGUGCCGUCUCUCCCGUGUCCCUUUCCCGGAAGUGUCCGACCAGAAAAUGGAGCUGCCGCAGGAAGGUUCCGACACACGUUUAGUUCCGGGGGCAUCUCUGUAUGCGGGAACCGCCGCAGCUGCCGCCUCCUCCUCGGUGCCGCAAUGAUCCCGAUCCCGGUGGUGGUCUGCGUGCUGGGGGGCUGGUGCGUCAUUUACCUGGCGGACACGCUGCUGAGGUCAUCUAGCUCUCUGAAAGCAUCUUAUGAAGAUUGGCUGAUGUCAUAUGGACUGAGUAUCUCUCCUUUUCAUAUGCGAUGGCAAACUGCUCUCUUCAACCGUCUAUUCUACAGUUGGGGACGAUGGAAACCCAGAUUUCUUUAUCUAUGGUUCAGUAUAGGAAUGGUGUUUGGCAUAGUUGCCAUGUUUGGUUCUGUUGUUCUCCUUGGAAAGACACUGAUGCAGACACUGACAUUGAUGAUAACUGAGGCCCCCGCAGUCCAGAAUGAUCGGAUGUUGCAAGUCGUGGUGCCUGGUGUAAAUCUGCCCAUCAGCCAACUGACGUAUUUCUUCACUGCAAUCCUCAUCAGUGGUGUUAUACAUGAAGUCGGCCAUGGGGUGGCAGCUAUUCGAGAACAAGUACGGUUUAAUGGAUUUGGGAUUUUUAUCUUUAUUGUAUAUCCUGGAGCAUUUGUCGAUCUUUUUACCACCCACUUGCAACUUAUAUCUCCAGUUCAGCAGUUGAGAAUAUUUUGUGCAGGUGUCUGGCAUAAUUUUGUUCUUGGUGUUGCGAGUCUCAUAGUUCUGUUCCUGCUGCCAGCAAUUCUUUUCCCAUUUUACUACACAGGUGUUGGGGCACUUGUCACUGAGGUCACAGAGGAUUCUCCGGCCAAUGGACCCAGAGGUCUUUUUGUAGGGGACCUUGUAACUAAUCUGCAAGACUGCUCAGUUCGUGGUGUGGAAGACUGGAAUUCCUGCCUAGGAGAGAUCUCGCGGAAGACACAAAUUGGGUACUGCAUAAAUGCAGCAACCCUACAGCAGUUAAGCUUCCCAGCCAGGGUCUACAGAAGACUUGAUGGCACUGUUGAAUGUUGUAGUAACAGCAGCCUCACCGAUGUUUGCUUCUCAUACAGCAAUAACUUGGACAGCCACCUGUAUGCCUGUCUACCAGCACGAAAAGCUAUUGAGGCCAGCCAAGUCUGUCGAACCAACAUGGACUGCCAGAAGGAUUUUGUUCCAAGUUUGUGUGUGACACCUUCUUUAGAAAAUCAGACGAGACUAAUCAGAGUGAAACAUCCACCCAACGUUGACAUGUUGUUUGUAGGACACCCAAUGCAUCUUCAGUAUACAGUGAGCCUCAGCAGUUUUGUACCACGACAUAACUUUCUAAGCAUAGAUCUGCCUGUGGUGAUAGAGACAAUGUGCAAAUAUCUAAUUUCACUGUCAGGAGCCUUGGCAGUUAUCAAUGCAGUACCCUGCUUUGCACUGGAUGGUCAAUGGAUAUUAAACUCUUUCCUGGAAGCCACUCUUGCUUCACUGAUUGUAGAGAAACAAAACAGAGAGCUUGUUGGCUUUUUAAUCUUGCUUGCUGGCAGUGCACUUUUGGCUGCCAAUGUGGCACUGGGACUUUGGAUGGUGACAGCCCGAUAGUACAUUGGAUACAUUUCUGCAUCUGAUUACUUCCAUGAAUUCUCCAAGUACACACAAAGUAAUGAAAUCCAUUGCCUUGUAAAACUUGCUCUGUCUGAGAUAGAAAUAACUUCCUUAAAAUUCCAUUGGAAGAAAGAUUGGUGAUUGGAGUUGUAUGUUAAUUUAACUCUGCAAAAUCUUGUGCAGAUAAUUAAUGGAAAAGUUGAAAGAAUAAGAACUCUUCUCUUUUAAUAUUGUUUUCAAAGCACUGUGAUCAUUCUGGAGAAAUUACACUGAAACAAUUUUACAAGAAAAAGACUCAGGCUUGGUGAAUUUAGAUUCCAAAAUGAAGGAAUAUAUGUGACAUUGAAGUCUUGUAUACUGCGGGGGGAAAAUCCUACUUGAGCUCUGUUUUAUAAUUUGAAUAAAUAUGAGAUGCUCUGCAUUGGCUCUGCUUAAGCAGUGCAGAUUUGGGUUGUUGGCUUUUUUUAAAUUUGGUGGUGUACCAAUUUGGAACCUGAAAAACUGAAGUCUGGGCUCUUUUUUUUUUUUAUAUAUAUUGGUGCGAGGCCAAGUAAAUUAUUGCCAUGUGUUCGUGAGGAGCGAGUCAUCCUAUGCUUUAGUACCCUUCUCUUCCAGCUGGCUGAUCAGACUGGAAGCAUGUUGUCCUCCCAAAGUAGAUGAAAUGUCAAUUUCAAUGAUGCCAAUGUCAGUUGAGAAAUGGGUAUGUGGAAGAAUGACAAAACCCACCCAUAUGUUGUCUGUGUUCCUUAAAACAUUAAGUGUGUAAUAUUGUGCACCACUGAGAAUAUUUUUGAAGAUACUAUUUUGUGCAUCAGCACUAGCUUGAAAAUAAUUUGAAGUUCUGGUCUCCCAAUAAGAAUCGUGAUUCCUGGAAUAAUACUAUGCAGAUUUAUUCAGAAGUGAGUGGUAAGGUUAAGUGUGUGUGUGCGUGUGAUUCAGAAAGUUAAAUGUUAUACCUGUUUGUAUUUAACAACCAAACUUGUUUCUGAAUGUACAUCCUCUGUAGCCAUGUAUGCAGUAGCAUUGAUAUACAGUACCUCAUUGGUGUUUGUCUCUUCCUAAAAGAGUUACUUUCCUUUAUCAGUAUUCAUUUUAAUCAAAGAUGUUUAGUUGAUCUUGAUCUUGGGUCAUAACUGAGCAGAAAAAAGAAUAUGGUGAACUAUGUUGGCAUGUAGCUUUGUCUUCCAAAAUGUACAAGGGCCAAGUGAUAGAAGCCUCUGUAAUUUUAAUUGAAGAUUGAGUCCUAUUCCCAGUGCUGCAUGCAUGCCUUGAUAACUGUGGUAUCCUGUAUUUGACCAUUGAUAUGUUACUCUAUUUUCUCAGUGUAGAAAUGUGGAACACAAAUGGAUUACUAUGAAAAAUAUAUUCUCCUUAGAUAAUGUGAGCAAUAAUGCACAGGUUGAAAGAACAUGUUCAUUUACUUGGCUUUUUGUUAGUUUGCUUGACAUGUCUUAGGCACAUAUAUUUUGAAUUUACCUCUUGCAUUUUUCUCUGGUCUGUCUUCUGACGCAUAUUGUUUUGGCAUUGACCCUAACUCAGUAGAACUGAUCAAAUUUCUUAUUUAAUGGAACCAUCUUCAGUACUUUAAAAUCAGAUGAUCACUUUGUAUGUAUUCGAGUUGCAGUACUGUUUUCUUCUCACAUAUAAUCAUUAAUGCCAUUAUGGCAGCUUCAAAAAUAUUCUUUGGGUAAAGUUUUAAAUAUAAUAUUUUGUACAUUAAUAUUUAUCCUCACUGCAGAUAUUUGUGUGACAAUCUGUGCAGGCACAGUACUCGUCUGAGUGUGUGGAAAAAGGAGAGAGAGAAAAAUAGUGCUCUCCAGUAACCAGCUGCAAGUCUACUCUAACUGUUCUGCUAAUAUGCUGAUGAAUUGAGUCCUACUGCUCUAAAAUUAAUUGGUCACUUAAUGUGUCACCUUUACAUUUACUUUAAAAGAAAAUACAUUCAAUUAAUUUUGCUGUGGUUAGUGUUUAUGAAAGAAUCAAUUCUGCCACCCUUUAGGCUUGUCUGUGUACAGCGUGGCAAAGGGUGUGAUUUGUGAAGUGCUCUAUUUAGCAUCACUAAAUAAGUGAUGUUGCAAUCUUAUUGUCCCGGAUAGACCCUACUGGUGCUCUCCAAAAGAUACCUAGUUCACAUUAACUUAGUCUUCUUGAGACCUUUUAGAGUGCGCCGGCAGGGUUUACAUGGGGCAGGGGGAGUGCAACCUGUUAGUGCGCUUUACAAAUCACAGCCCUCUGGCGUGCUUUGCCAUGCCGAGUAGACAAGCCCUAACUCACAUGGAGUAACACGUUAUUCUGUAAAAAGCCCCAUUACUUUCAGUGGGCCAAAUUGUGCCAUCAUCUUUUAAAUCCCCAGUUCAUCAAAGCACUUAAGUACAUGCUCAAGCCCAUCUCUGUUUAGGAAAGGACUUAAACAUGUACUUAACUUUGCACCUACUUAAUUUCACUGAAGUCUAAGUUUUGCUGAAUAGGGAUAGAUUUAAGUAUGAGUUUAUGUGCCUUGAAGUAGGGCCUCCAGCCAUUGAUACUGAAAUCAAUGGGGUGCUUUGCUUAAAAGCUAAGCUAGAGUGGGACUAUUUGUGCACUAUGGUAGUAUCCAGCAUGAACUGGCCCCUAAACAAAUAGCUACUCAGACUGGUUCAGCCUCAUUGUCAUAUAAUUCUCUCCUGGCAAGUAAAUUACUAUAAAGGAAAAGUGCUAUUUUGACUGUACAUGUUGCUCUCAUUGGAUUUUUGUUUUUUGUGUUUUGUUUGUUUCCUGGGAAAGAAUGCAGUUCAAAGAAAAUGGACUGGGAUAACUUUUUUUUUUUUUUUUUUAAUUUUUUAAUUAAUGGCGAUAUCCCAUCUCUUAGAACUGGAAGGGACCUUGAAAGGUCAUCAAGUCCAGCCCCCUGCCUUCACUAGCAGGACC